AUGGCGGCCUCUUCUUCGAGUGAUGCGCUAGUGCAGCUGGUGCAGCCGAGCCAACGGACCUGCUUAGAGCAGUGCUACACUCACCUUGAGCAGGUAGGUUUUGGGCCGUUGCAACUGGCUACUCUGGACGAGGCCGACUGCCGCGUCAUGGGCAGUCAGCUAGCUGACGUUUUGCAGCUCCCUCCGGGGGACUACAUUGCCGAUGCUAUCGCGGUGUGGGUAGAGGAGGCUAAGGAGGAGUCCAAGCUCCUCAAGAGGGCCACCGGCUACCUGCGCGACGACCUCACCUGGCUAGCUCUUCAACCGCCCGCGCAGGUCAAGGAGCAGCCCAAGUUCGUGCUACACGAACCUCAGGGGAAAAGAUUCGUGGCAGCUGAUGCACCCGUCCUUCUCAAGCUACAGGGCAGCCUGGACCCGGAUAGAGCCGUCCUGCUACUGGUGGGCUCCACUCGUACGUCCACGCUGAAGCGCUACCUCACUCUCUUCCGACAGUGGCGCUUGUGGUUGGGUGAGGUUAAGCUACGCCUUCCGCCUGGGAGGCCCAUCGACCUGGUCGACCACCUCAUGGCUAGGCGUGACGAACCCUGUGGCCGCACAGUUCCAGAGGCGCUACUGAAAGCUAUCGCUUGGAUGGAGAAGGUGGCGGAGUUCCCUUCUGGGGAACGAGCUACCUUUGGGCGUCCAGCCUGGGCGGCCAAGGAGAACAAUGGGCAAACCGUUGGAUGGCGCAUCUGGACGUGGGCUAAGCUCCUCAAGAUAUGGGGCUCGCUAAGAUGGGUAAAGGAGCUACCCGUCGUCAUCUCGGAGCGGGCGUUCCUCGUGGACUACCGCUGGCUAGAGACGGGCUUCGCUCUCCUUAAGCAGAUCACCGGCUACAACUGCCUCAAGCUACCUAGCCAGGUGCUUGGGUUCUGGACGGAGCACAGUGAACGCUCCGUGCUACCGACGGGCCUCUCGUUGCUCAAUGUCCAGCCGGCUGACAAGGACCUGCUAGGGCGUUGGAAACCUGAGGGCUCCGACAUCUACGCCAGAUCCUUUACGGGUCGCGUGGCCCAGUUCGCCCACCAGGUAGCUAGGGCACCGGACCGCUACGUCGAGCUCGACGAGCGCGAGAUUGGCCGCUACAACUGUGGUUGGUGGAAAGGGCUAGAUGUGCCACCGUUGGAGAACAACCCGGCUCCAGUUCCCGCGAGUGUGGCUAGUGACUCGGAUGGCGGCUCAGAAGGCGACCCAGCUACUGUGGCUGCUAAGAAGGCUCGAGUGCACGAGCGGGUGGCUAACUAUGUGGUCGUCGAGUUGCCCGGCGCUAAGUUCCGUCUCCACAAGGCAGGACGCUAUGGCUGCUGGAUGGGUCGACGUAGGCUUUUCCGUAAUUCUGUCGAUUUUCUAGACAAGCCAGCUGGCCACGAAUGUGCUCACGUGUGCCAUUUGUGCUGGCCGCAUGCAGCUGCUACUGCUAGUGAAGAUGAGCUCAGCGAGGCCUCCGCUGCGGGGUCGGGAGAUGAAGCUAUCCCCCCCCCAGGGCAGCCUGUAGAAGAAGGCCAGGCGGAGCUAGCAGCUAGAAGUGCAACCCGCCAUGCCAUGGCAGGCUAUGUUGCCCGGGAGCACCUGCCAGUGGGUGAGCUAGUCGCCGAAGUGCGACACCUGCUAUCCACUGCAGGGACGCAGGAUCUGAGGCUACAAGGCUGGAGGAGGCGGCUCGGGCAGCCGAAGCUGCAGCGGCAGCUGCUAGAGCAUGGGGGCCAUGGCAAAAGCUGGGGCAGUUGCUACGAGCGCUACGGCUGGAGAGAGAAGUGGCUAGCAGGCGAGGCGGCGGGGGGGGGGUACCCGCUAAGGCUAAAGCUGCUGCAGAGGAGGAGGCUGCUAGGAUUGCGGCUCCCCGGUGAAGGCGCCACCAAAGCUACCGGCUGGCUGGGUGCAGCUACCAUGGGGCCACCUCCGCUUCCGCCACCACCCACGGCUAGCCUAAGCGCGGCUAGCGUGAACAAAAUCGAUAAGGAGGUGGAUUGGGUCGGAGGCCAAUGGUGCGCUGACGAGGAGGUAGUCGUGGCUAUGGCAACGUCGGGGCAAUCUAGCACUGCGGGAGGCCAAGCUAGCCUACUCGAUAUGGCCGGAGCCGAACCCCCAGAGGGCAUCAGGUCCCACAGCAGAGCCCCACAUGCUAGCCGUGGGCACAUGCGCAAUGACCAGGGGGAGAUGGUGCCGUCGCUGCUACCGCCUGGCCUGGACCCUGAUCCGGGGGCCAGUCCAGGGUGCUACCUUGAGCCCCACCGCCGGCUGCUUGCGACACCUGUGCCCUGGGGGCCCCGACUAGAGCUAACAUGGGGCGACAUCCCCACUGCGCUCUGGCCCGCGGGAUCCUGGAGCGGGCCGCCAACGCAGCAGCCAAGGAGGUCCCAGAAUGGGCUCGACUCCGAGCAUGCAAAAGCGGUCAGGGACAUUGACCUGCAGUUUCCGCUAGACCUCCUCCUGGUCUCGACCCUCAGCCCGGCGCCGGUGGGCUGCGCUAGGGUCCAGACGCUACUGGAGGCGGUGGCCUUUGAGUUGGCCUUCGUGAGGGUUGCUACUGGUCGGACCUGCUACGGGUGGGGACGUUGGGAUGUCCCCAACCGGAUAUUCCGCUGUGUGGUGGUCUGCGCAAGCUGCCAAGUGCUAGCAUGCAAUAGACGCAUGUGGUACUGCGUCGACCAGCAUGAGUCGCACUACCGCGACAAUUGCAAGCGGUACCGACGCUAG